AUGAGCAAGUAUCAUAGACUAGACAGUAAGACACUGCAGACUCUCAGAGAUAUUGCCAACAAGUUGAGGAUUCAUAGCAUAGAGUCGACGAAUGCCAGCAACUCUGGACAUCCCACAUCAUGCUGUUCAGCUGCAGAGAUCAUGUCAGUGUUGUUCUUCCACACAAUGCACUACACCAUUGCAGAACCACGUCAUCCCAACAAUGAUCGGUUUGUGCUUUCCAAAGGCCAUGCAGCUCCUAUCCUGUAUGCAGCCUGGGCAGAGACUGGACUCUUUCCAGCAUCUGAACUUCUUGAACUCCGAAAGCUAACUUCAGAUCUUGAGGGCCAUCCAACACCUAGGCUGAACUUUGUGGAUGUUGCCACUGGGUCUCUUGGUCAGGGUCUGAGCUGUUCGGCAGGAAUGGCAUACACUGGGAAAUAUUUUGAUAAGGCUGAUUAUCGUGUUUACUGUCUCAUUGGUGAUGGAGAGAGUGCUGAAGGAUCCAUCUGGGAGGCUAUGGCUUUUGCAAGUUAUUACAAGCUGGAUAACCUGGUGGCAAUAUUUGAUAUCAAUCGUCUGGGACAGAGUGAGCCCACAAUGUUGGAGCAUGAUCUCAACACAUAUAAGGCACGAGUGGAAGCCUUUGGCUGGAACACAUAUGUUGUUGAUGGCCAUGAUGUUGAAACUCUGUGCAAGACCUUCUGGGAUGCUAGCCAUGUCAAGGGCAAACCCACAUGCAUUCUGGCAAAAACUUACAAGGGUCAAGGAAUUCCAGGAGUUGCUGACGCAGAAAACUGGCAUGGGAAACCUUUGGGAAAAGAUGCGCCGGCAGCGAUUAAAGCCAUUCGGGAGCAGAUUGCUCACCUUGGGCCUCACAAUGUGAUUCCUCAGCAGCCUAAGGUCACCCUUGCACCUGUCAAUGUUUCUGUGAAACUGGCCAGCCCUCCAUCGUACAAGCUGGGUGAAACUGUUGCCACGCGGUUGGCAUAUGGUACAGCUCUAGUCAAGAUAGGCAAGAAUAAUGACAGAGUUAUUGCUAUGGAUGGAGAUACAAAGAAUUCAACAUUUGCCCAAAAAUUCAAGGAUGCUUUUCCAGACAGAUUCAUUGAGUGUUUCAUCGCUGAACAGAAUCUGGUUGGAGUGGGCAUUGGUUGUGCCACCCGCAACCGUACAAUUCCAUUCAUAAGCACCUUUGCUGCCUUCUUCACCCGGGCCUUUGACCAGAUACGUAUGGGAGCUAUUUCACAGACAAAUGCCAACUUUGUUGGUUCCCAUGCUGGCAUUUCUAUUGGUGAGGAUGGCCCAUCUCAAAUGGCUCUAGAAGACAUUGCCUUGUUCAGGAGUGUUCCAGGCUCAACUGUGUUCUAUCCCAGUGAUGCUGUCUCUACAGAAAGGGCUGUGGAGUUGGCAGCAAACACAAAGGGGAUCUGUUUUAUCAGGACCAGCAGACCCAAUGUGCCAGUCAUUUACAAGAAUGAUGAAGUCUUCACUGUUGGACAAGCUAAGAUUGUGAGGCAGAGCCCCAACGAUCAAGUCACUGUGAUUGGAUCAUGUGUGACACUGUACGAGGCAUUGAAAGCUGCAGAAACUCUGGCCGGUUCUGGCGUGAAUAUCAGAGUUAUUGACCCUUUCACAAUCAAGCCACUAGAUGCUACUACAAUCAUUACCAGUGCCGUAGAGACGGGAGGCAAGAUUAUCACUGUUGAAGAUCAUUAUGGAGAAGGAGGCAUUGGUGAAGCUGUUGCUGGUGCCCUGAGCGAGUACCCAGGCAUCACUAUUAGACGACUCUUUGUUCCAGAGAUCCCUCGCAGUGGACAGAGUGCAGAACUCAUGGAGAAAUAUGGCAUUAGUGCUUCUUGCAUUGUCAAAGCUGUAGAAGGCAUCUUAUCAGUUUGA